AUGUCAUAUGUUACAUCUAAACGGCGGCCCGAGUUAUUUCAUGUUGUCUUACUAUUCGUAGCAACUAUAAUUUUAUCGUUCUUUCUUGUGGAUCCUAUUUAUCCAUUCCCUGAAUCUGUUAUAUCUGGAGAUCCGUGGUGGAGAUAUGACCCUUUAAUUGUUAUCGUCACUGUUAUAGAUGAUACAACUUCUGACGGAAAUAACAAGGCUGAAAUGAUUGUGAAUAAUUUAACAUCUAGUGAUUAUUUUAAGGAAGCCGGUAUUCAAAAUAAAAUUAUUUAUGCUGAUAAAUAUGGAUAUGAAUUGGUUAUUAAAGGAUCUUGGGGACAUAUACCUGCUUUAUUAGAAACCAUGAAGGAAUAUCCAAAAUCUGAUUGGUUAUGGUGGAUGAAUUCGAAUAUAUUUAUCUCGAACUAUUCGAUUAGCCUUUCGUCGAAUGUGUUGCGAAAUGUCACACAAGCCUCAUAUGCGGAUAGGCAAAUGUUGAUUGGAUACGAUUGUCAUGGCCUUAACACAGCAUCAUUUCUUAUACGUAAUUCUCCCUGGGCAAAAAAAUUUUUGGAAACAUUAAAUAAUCCUGGAUUAUACAAGGAUUUUGAAGAUGAAGAAACCGCUAUGCAAAUGUUGAUUGAUUUUGAAACUAUUGAAGUUGGUUCAAAGAUUUCAUUUGCUCCUUUGCGAACGUUGAACUCUUUACCGUUUAAACAUAAUUGUGGCAAUGAUGAGAAGUAUGUAUGGCAUAAGGAUGAUUUUGUUGUGAAUUUUACUGGAUGUGAGGAAGCAAAGGAAGAUUGUGAAAAACGAUUUGAAGAGAUUUUGUUACGCACAAAACUGGUAAAACAAGAAAAACUCUAG